ACUAUAGCACAAAAUUGACCAGUUUUUUCACUAAAGCAUUAGAAGAAACAACUCACACAGAGCAAACAUGGAUGCCGGUGGUAUUAUUCCCGAUAUUAUUGACACUAAACCAGAAGCUGCAGUUCAUGUGACUUAUAGUGAUGGUGUUAAGGUUAGUUUGGGCAAAGAAUUGCAACCUAAACAGGUUAAAGAUCAACCAGAAGUAUCAUGGGACGCUGAGGAAGGCUCACUCUAUACCCUAUUAAUGGUAGAUCCUGAUGCUCCUUCCAGAGCGGAACCUAAAUAUAGAGAAGCCUUACAUUGGUUAGUUAUUAAUAUACCCGGCAAUAAAGUGAGCGAAGGUCAAGUGGUGGCUGAAUACAUUGGUUCUGGACCACCAGAAGGUACUGGUCUACAUCGUUACGUAUUUCUUGUUUUCAAACAAGCAGGAAAAAUUUCCACCGAUAAAGUUAUUCCUAAAACAUCCCUUGAGGGACGUUUGAACGUUAAAACCCGUGAUUAUAUUGCCAAAUAUAAUUUGGGUAAUCCUAUUGCUGGCAAUUAUUAUCAGGCCCAAUAUGAUGACUAUGUACCAAUUUUGACUGCACAAUUCAAAAAAUAAAUACUUAAAAAAUAUGUAUUAUUAA